AUGAAUGUUCAACAGAGGAAGGAUGAAUCCACUAGCCAAGGAGAUGGGAAUGAGAAGGAUUCUGGCACUAGCAAGGAGAAACAUGUUGAGACUCCAAAUCAAACUAAUGCUAGUGAACAAAAAAAAAAAAAAGCAAAGAGCAAGGAAAUGGAGGAAGGGAAAAUACAACCCCUUCGUCAGAUGCCUUCUCACAUUAGGGAUGCCCCUGGGAUUGAUCUAUUUGUGGAUCUCAAUUGUGAUAUCCAAAGAAACAAAAAUUUGACAGAGAAGAACAAGAAAAAUCAGCAGCAAAAGGAAAACCCUAUAGAUACCAAGACUGACAGUUCCAAAGAAAAAGAAAAAGAAAAAGAAACUCAACACAAGAACAAAAGGGGAAGGAAGGAAGAAAGAAAAUUUGGGAGAAAUCAUGCCUUAUCAAUCGACUCUAUUGAAUCCAGGAGCCAAAAGAUUGAUCAACAUCAUACUGCAUAG